UUGGAGAACUUUUUCCUCCGCGAGACUCCUCGAACGAGCAACUAACCACCACGCACAGCGCGAGAACGCUGCGAGACACACCGGUGGCUGAAGGGCGCCUUCUUUGCGCGAGGAAAGCACAGGGAACAAGUUAAUUCCUAUUGUGUUUUCAUCUCUGCUUGCACUUGCCUCUCUGUGUUUCUCGUUCUUCCAUUCGCCUGCCUUUCUACCGCUUGAAAGUCUUUUCCGACAUCCACGUCUCGUUCCUGUUCUUCUGUCCUCUCUUCAGCGAAAGCGCCUCUCUCGCAGUGACGACCCUGCAUCUUUCUUCCCCGGCCUCCUCCCGAUCUCCUUUCUCGAGUUUGCCUUCUUCCUUGCGUUUUUCUCCUCCCUUUCUUCACUUUUCCUUCUUGCUUCUCUUCUGUCCUCCACUUUCCUCGCGGAAAUCGCCGGCCUCUCCAUCCUGCUUCGGCUGGUUCGCGACGCGCCCUCGACUUCCUCCGCCCUCUCCACCUGCUUCCUUGUAGCUCGGGAAGAAGAGAACAAAGGAGACAAAGCUGAGAGUUAGAGGAGACGAAGGAACGCAGCGUGAUAGAUCCACAGUCGCACUUCCUUCUCUUGGGCGGAGGUAGCAGACAGCGAGCGGAGCGGAGCCAGUACGUCGAGCAGAAUAGAGGAUUGAAGGCUCUUCCUUUGCCUCACAAACGAGCGAGGGAGAAGCCGAGCAAGCAGCGACAGGGAGAGCUGCGUCGCAUGUGCGUAUUCUGUCUUGGCGCGCUCGGCUGAGGCGCGCACCUCGGGUGUACGUACACCUCGCGACGUCUCCGAGUCCGCGCGGUCUUGCCCCUGUCCUCGACGACGAAGGAGGACUGUCUGAAAGACGCGCCUCUGGAUCUCCUUUCUCGUCGAUUCCUGGAGAGCAGUCGCCUCCCGUGGUUCCGAAACAGACAGUCGAGAAGUCCGACAAUGGGGAAGGGCGCCGUUCAUUACACAGGGACGAACUUCCGACGCGUCCAGAGGCUGGACAUCGUCGACCGCAUGCGCGCACUGGUGGCGCAGGGCCUCGUCGACGCGCCUCUCUGGCUGAGCGCCGCGGAACGAGCGCCGCCGAUGGAGCUUUCGAACCUCAAGUUGAUGGACAGAAAGGUUCACAACAAGUACCUCUCCCUGACCCAGGCAGUGCUGAAGAAGUAUCCGAACAUGCGCUUUCAAGACUGCUACGUCGACGGCAACGAUUGGAGCAAGGGCAACGACUCCUACCGCGCAGAUCACCCUGUCAUGCAGUUUGUGGCCUUGCAGCUGCGCCUGAUGAAUUUGGGCCUGGACAGACAUGCGGCCUUUCGAGAGGCGGAGCAAGCGUUUUACGCUCGACGCAUGCAGCUGGAAAAACAGCAGAAGCUGAACAUGGCCGCCGCAGUCGUCGCCGCCGCCGCUCGCGACCCCUCGGCCUUCGCGCGGCGGCCCGGGAGCAGAGGCCAAGGUGGAUCUGUUCCCUCCAGCAGUCUCCCCAGACUCACAGCUAUGGGACUGGGCGACGUCCAGCCUCUCUUCACUUCUGGACAAGCUUACUGGCAGUUUGAAAUAGCGAAAAGUCAAGCAAAUCACCUCCUUCGCAUUCGCAGCGUGCUCAGGCGUAUGAAAGCUCAAGCAGAAGCCGCUGCUCAACAGGAAGCCGAAAGUCCUUCCUCUUCUCCUCCGCCUUCCCCUUCUUCUCCUUCUGCUGCUGCUUCGCCGUCUCCUCGGCCUUCACGACGGGGAGCAAAUGGCUUGCAGUCUUUGCGGCAGCGUGCAUUUUCUCUUUCAGAGCGACAGCGUCGCGCCUCUCUCCUGGGCCAGCGCUCGCAGGCUGAAGAGGCUUCACCGCUCUCUUCUCUCGCGGCUCGUUCUUCAGUUUCUUCGACAGCCUCUGGAGGCGACCAGCGAGACAGCGAAGGCAGCGCCGAAAGGGGGAGAGAACUGUCAGAGCGGGCAAGCCUUUCCGGGGAAGAGGAAGAGUUGGAAGAGGGGGAGUACCUCGCAGAGCCCAUAGACGAGGAGGCGAUGAUGAGAUGGUUUGACGCAGGAGAGGAAGAGUUCGAUGGGGACGAAGAUCGCGACUAGUCCAGAGUGAAUGAAUUGAACUUCUAGAGUCUCGACAGAUUCCUGGGAGCUCCGUUCUGCGCGUAUUCAUCCGGCCCGCCUAAACGACUGUACAACUCUUUGAUAGAGACACCUGCG